CAUUAUUUAAAACCGAAAGUUAUACUCGAGUAAAUUAGUCUUGUUUACUCAGCACACGCACGUAAUAUUAAUUCUUAAGUUUUAAUUUUACAUAUCACGUGUUUGUGUUCACAUUUAACUAAUACCUUUUUUAACGCAAAAUGGUUGUAUUUUCGGUGAUAUCAGCACUCGCAAUUGUGAGUAGCGUCGUCGCAGACGCUGGCUACUCAUCUUUCUCUCCAUCCUCAAGCUACGGCGCCCCGUCCUUUGGAGGAGGACAUGGCAGCGGUGGCUACUCGAGCGGAGGUUUCUCCGGCAGCAGCGGCGGAUACAGCAGUGGAGGUUACAGCAGCGGAGGCUCCCACGGUGGAAGCUACGUCGGAUCUAGUCUAGGAAGCGAAUUGGCCAGCAGUUUCGGAGGUCACUCGAGCGGAGGAUACUCCAGCGGUGGAUUCUCCGGUGGCAGCAGCUACUCGAGCGGAUCCAGCGGCCUUUACUCCGGAUCAUCGUUCGGUGGUGGAUACUCAUCGGGCGGAUACGCUUCGCAAGCCCCAGUAGUCCAGAAACACAUCUACGUCCAUGUCCCACCCCCAGAACCAGAAAGUCAUCAACCAACUCAACACUACGCUCCACCACCACCACCACAAAAACACUACAAAAUCGUCUUCAUCAAAGCCCCAACUCCACCAACGCCCACCGUUCCAGUUCUGCCACAAAUCCAACAAGACUCUGAGAAAACCCUCAUCUACGUUUUGGUUAAAAGACCCGAAGACCAACCACAAAUCACCAUCCCAACUCCAGCUCCAACCACUCCAUCCAAACCAGAAGUAUACUUCAUCCGUUACAAGACUCAAAAAGGUGCCGGAGGUUACGCAGACUCUGGUUUCAGCGCUGGCGGUCUCGGAGGCGGUCUCGGUGGCGGUAUUGGUGGCGGUCUCGAUGGCGGUUUCGGAGGUUCUCACUCAUCUUCCGGUAUCGGAUCUGAUCUCGGUUCGCAUGGCGGUAGCGGCGGUAUUUCUUCCUCUUACGGAGCUCCAAGUGGCUCCAGCUCGUUGUCUUCCAGCUACGGUGCUCCAAGUUCCGGCGGUCCUUCUUCCAGCUAUGGUGCCCCAAGUGGCGGAGCUGGCUCGUACUAGAUACUUACUCGUCCUUCGACAAAAGCAUUUCAUAGACUUGAAAAAACUAUGUAAUUUAUGGCUGCCAUUUUUGAUACUUAUAAUGUAUUGUAUUUUUGUAUUUACACGCGAGAAAGAAAGAUACCACGAAAUAAUAUCUAAGAAGCGAGAGGCCGUGUGUAGAAAUUAUUACCAUUAUGAGGGCGUAUCUUGGAAAUGUAAAUUGUAUCAUUGCUAUCGUCGCGUAUCUACUCGUAAUUCAUCAAGCCCUCUUGUAAAUUGUUCCUCAAAUUAAAACGACGACGACGACGACGACGCCUUCAUUAACGUACCUUCUGUUUAAGGUACCGUGAAAAGACUUGUAAAUAUUUCUCGUUGGCAUUUAAUUUUACAUUAAAACUCAAAUUACGAUAAUUGUGUAGGUUUUAUGUUGUAAAUUAAUAUUAAGAAGAUUAACUGUCGUAGCGGAAUUUUAUCUUGAAUGUGUUUUCUCUUCUUUUUUUUUUUGUAUAUUUCUCUGUACCUUAUUUCCUUUCUUUCUUUUAACAUUAAUAAAAGUUUGUUUUUA